AGCAAGCAUGGCGGCGAAAAACAAGCACCGUAAAAGAUCCAAAGCGACUAAAGUGAGUUUCCAGCCCGCUGAGGACGACAUGGAGGCCGGACAGAGCGGCGGGGAGGAGGACGGAGAGGAGCCGGCUAAUGGAGGACAGGACGGCGGGAAGAAACAGGACGAAGAGUUCAACCUGGACGAAGUUUUAAAGCUGGGAGGAACACAGGCUGACUUCAUCAUGCUCGCCAGCCUCAACGACUCCAACGAGCUGGUUGACGGAGGAAAGAAAGGAGCGAUCGACGACCUGGAGGACGGCGAGCUGGAGAAGUUCAUCACCAAGCUGGGCAUCCGGGCGUACAGCGGCCUGCAGGCCAUCCCCGACGAACCGGAGCCCGCCGCCGCUGACACGGACGCCACGAAGACGGAGAGUCAGAAGGAGAAACCAGAGAAAGCUGCAGCGGAGGAACAGCCGACCAGCAGCUCUCAGCAGGUCGCCGAGGAGAAACCGAAGAAGAAGAAGGCGAAAGACGCGGCGGCGAAGAAGGCGAAGCCGAACGUGAACGUGUUUGAGUUCCAGCGGCGCCAGAUUCUGCUCAUCAAGCCCGGCGGGAAGUGGUUCGACCUGGAGUACAGCGCCGAGGGCUCCACGGAGCCGCAGGACGCCGCGCUGGUGGCGCAGUACAAGGCGCUGGCGCAGCAGCUGUACGAGGCCGACGUGGCGCUCUACCGCAGCAAGAAGAACCUGCAGAAGGGCGCCAACUCCAACUGGAUGAAGACCGUCGUCUCCUCCGGCGUGCUCGCCGACCGCAUGGCCGCCAUGACGGUGCUGAUCCAGGACGCGGCGGUGCACACGCUGGAGCACGUGGAGAGCCUGGUUGCCAUGGUGAAGAAGAAGGGCAGCCGGCGGAUGGGGCUGAUGGCGUUGGACACGCUGCGGGAGCUGCUGCUGUCCGACCUGCUGCCCGAGAACAGGAAGCUCCGCCCCUUCGCCCAGCACCCCUUCGACCAGCUGGAGGAGAAGGCGAGCGGCAACCGGGACGCCCGCGACCGCCGCCUCGUCCUCUGGUACUUCGAGCACCAGCUGAAGCACCACGUGGCCGAGUUCGUGGCGUCGCUGGACGUGGUGGCGCACGACACGGUGGCCGCCACCAAGGCCAAGGCGCUCGCCACCGCACACGAGCUGCUGAGCAGCCGGCCGGAGCAGGAGCGCGCGCUGCUCGUCCAGGUGGUGAACAAGCUGGGCGACCCCGAGUACAAGACGGCGGCCAAGGCGUCCUACCUGCUGGAGGCGCUGCUGCACAAACACCCCAACAUGAAGGCGGUGGUGUGCGUGGAGGUGGAGCGGCUGAUGUUCCGGCCCAACGUCAGCGCCAAGGCCCAGUACUACGCCGUCUGCUUCCUCAGCCAGGUGAUGCUGAGCCACGACGAGGCGCCGCUCGCCGCCAAGCUCAUCGCCGUCUACUUCUCCUUCUUCCGCGCCUGCGUGAAGAAGAAGGACGUGGAGUCCAAGAUGCUGAGCGCGCUGCUGUCGGGCGUGAACCGGGCGUACCCGUACGCCGGCGCCGGGGACGAGAAGGUGAAGGAGCAGCUGGACACGCUGUUCAAGGUGGUGCACCUGGUGCGCUUCAACACGGCGGUGCAGGCGCUCAUGCUGCUGUUCCAGGUGAUGGACGCUCAGCAGAGCAUCUCAGACAGAUACUACGUCGCUCUAUACAGGAAGCUGCUGGACCCUGGUCUGGGGGCCUCGUCCCGACAGAGCAUGUUCCUCAACCUGCUCUAUAAGUCCCUGAAGGCCGACAUCGUGCUGCGGCGCGUCAAAGCCUUCGUCAAGCGUCUGCUGCAGGUGAGCGCCGAGCAGAGCGCCAGCUUCGCCUGCGGGGCGCUCUUCCUCGUCUCCGAGGUCAUCAAGUCCAAACCCGGACUCAAGCUGCUGCUGCAGGACGGAGGGGACGGUGAGGAGGAGGAGUUCAAAGACCUCGCUGAGGAGGAUGAAGAUGAUGAUGAAGAGGAGAGAUUUGUUGACGCUGAUAAACAAGAAGAAACAGAGAAAUCAGAGAAAUCCGAGCCGACGGAGCCGAAGCCUGCAGCGUCCUGGGUUCAUCACCAGAACCUGGAAGGAGGAAAAAGCAUCCAGAGCUACGACCCGCUGCACAGGAACCCCUUAUUCUGUGGCGCCGACCACACCACGCUGUGGGAGCUGCAGAGGCUCUCCGUUCACUUCCAUCCUUCUGUGUCGCUGUUUGCAAAAACCAUCCUGGAGGGCGGCUCGGUGCUCUACUCUGGAGACCCUCUGCAGGAUUUCACCCUCACCAGGUUCUUGGACCGAUUCGUCUUCAGAAACCCCAAACAGAUGAAGGGAAAACAGAACACAGACUCUGCAGCGCUGACGCCCAGACAGAGAUUACCGCUCAACUCUCUACCAGUGAACUGUGAGGAGUUUCUGGCUAAAGACGAGAGUCAGAUCCGUGUGGACGAAAUCUUUUUCCAUCGCUUCUUUAGAAAGCGUCAGCAGGAGAAGCAGCAGCAGAACCGUCGUCCCAGAAGAGAAGGAGACGACGAGAGCGUGGAGGACGUAGACGACGAAGAGUUUGAGAAGAUGCUCGAUUCGUGUGAGGCGGACUCGUACUUCACUCAGAUGGCUGCUGAUGAUCUGGACUUUGCAGGGAACGUAAAAAGUAAAAAAGGGAAGAAAGGAGCCGAGGACUCAGACGACUCGGAGGAGGACUCGGACCUGGACGACCUGGACGAGGAGGAGGUGUCUCUGGGCAGCAUGGACGAGGAAGACUUCGGGGACGAGCUGGACGAAGACGGAGGGACGUUCAUGGAGCCGGACGGAGCCGGGGACCAUGAUGAUGAUGAUGAUGAUGAAGUUCCAGAACUGGACGACAACGACGACGCUGCGUUCGGUGAUUCAGACGAUGAGAUGGACGUUCCAGAUAUUACUCCCCAGAAGAAGAAAGGGAAGAGGAAAUCCUCCGAGGAGCUCGACUUCUCUGGGUCUUUAGGUUCUAAACCAGGAAAGAAGAAGAAGAAAGGGAAGAAAGACGCGGCCAUGUUCGCCUCUGCUGAGGAGUUCGGCUCUCUGUUGGACGAGAACGCUGGUUCCAAGUUUGACAACAUCGGACUGAACGCCAUGGCCAACAAAGACAAAGCAGGCCUGAAGCAGCUGAAGUGGGAGUCUCAGCGAGACGACUGGAUCCAGGGACGAGACGUCAAGACGCUCCGCAAGAAGAAGUCCCAGUUCAACAGGAAGAGGACGGCCGGGUUCAGGGCCGGAGGAGGGAAGCUGCUGGGGACCAGGAAGAGGAGGAAGUAGCUGCUGUUUGUGUUGGAGGACCCAGAGCUCAGUCCUGAUUGGCCGACCCAGAGCUCAGUCCUGAUUGGCCGACCAGGCCUUGCGGUCGCUCUCCCUGAUGCCGUGGACGCCCGCCCACUCGUUGGACUGGUAGUAAACUGGGAGGAGACAGAAGCACAGAUCAGAUCAGACCCAGUCUGGUGUUCUGGACUCUUUGUAUAAAGAAAAGACUUUAAUAUACAUGAUGUUGUAUUGUGUGGACCAGUUUUAGCCAAAACUCUGUUCAAGUGUUGAUUUUCAUACAUGUAGUCAACAGUAAUUAAAGUUAUUUACAUUUUCUCAUACA